ACAAAGAGAAGUCCAAGUCAAUAAACGAUGUUUCAUUUUUUCUCUUUCAGAUCAUGGAAUUCAAUGCAUUUCAGGUAUAAUCUUUUAGCCGUCAAAUUACAAGCUCUUUUUGCCCCUUAAAUAUCAAGCAGAGACAACCCAAAGCAGCAAGCAGAAGAAGGGUUUGUAUACAAUGGAGGUAUUAGGACCAAUCCUUGAAAUUGUACACAUCAUGUUGGAUCCAAUUGCAAAAUAUUUCAAGUACCAUCGUGGUGUCAAAAAAUACAUGAUGAUUCUCCAUAAGAAAUUGGAAGAAUUGAAAUGCAGGAAGGAUGAUAUAGAAUCAAGAUUGAACAUAGAUCUUCUUCAGUCAGGUAAAACCUUGAAGAAAGAAGUACAACUUUGGUUAGACGGUGCUUGUAAGAUUAUCUCCCAAGUUGAUUCCUUAAGUAAAGAGGUAGGAGACAUGAAGUACCUAUCUCGUGCACAUUUUGGGAAGAAGAUCACGGUUACGAUUAAGGUCGUGGAUGAGCAUCAUCGAAAGGGUGAUUUUGUGGACAGGUUAGUUAUCGAUGCUCCUACAGGCAAUAAGGUCACGUUGCCAACAACAGAAUUAGUUGGUAAAUCUACUGCUAGAAGAAAUAUGGAACAAUUAUGGGAUUGCUUGAUGGAUGAUAGUUGUCGAAAGAUUGGAGUCUAUGGCAUGGGAGGAGUCGGGAAAACAACAAUGAUCAAGCUCAUCCAUAACCGACUCCUCGAAGAAACGAACAAAUUUGACAAUGUAAUUUGGGUGUCUGUAUCAAAAUUUGCAAGUGUUACUCAACUUCAAGAUAAAUUAGCCCGUGCAAUAGGUGUUUGUAUGCCUGAAAACGAAAGUGAAAUGGUAAGGGCUGCUAAGUUAUUUGCAAUGAUUCAAACAAUGAAGAAUUGUGUUUUGAUUUUUGAUGAUGUUUGGGAAGCAUUUCAGCUCGAAGAUGUAGGAAUCCCAGAACCCGGAGCAGAUAACAAAAGCAAGUUUGUUUUAACGACCCGGUUAGCUGAUGUUUGUUUAAGGAUGGGAUGCAAACAAAUCAAAGCAGAGCUUCUUUCAGAAGAAGAAGCUUGGAACUUGUUCGUGGAGAAAGCCAGUCUCGAUGUUAUUUCACCUCACAUAAAACCGAUUGCGAAAGAAGUAGCAAAACAGUGUGCUUGUUUACCACUUGCUAUUGUCACAAUUGCUAGAAGUUUGAAAGGUGUCACUGAAUCUUGUGAGUGGAGAAAUGCAUUAGAAGAAUUACGAGACUCAACAAGAGGACAUCAUGACAUGAGAAGGGUGCUUGAGCAGCUGAAAUUUAGCUAUAAUCACUUGGAUGAUGAGAAACUUAGAAAUUGCCUUCUUUAUUGUGCGCUUUACCCUGAAGAUUUCAGUAUUAGAAGAAAGGAGUUGAUUGAACGUUUGAUUGCAGGGGGAGUAAUAGAUCGAAUGUGUAGCAGACGGGCAGCUUUCGACAAGGGCCAUGCUAUGUUGAACAAACUUGAAAAAGCUUGUCUUUUAGAAUGUGUUAUGAAAAAGAGUGAAGAUAAUAAACAGGUGAAGAUGCAUGAUUUGGUUAGGGACAUGGUCAUUCAUGUCAACGGCAUUAGUUCCCGUUUAAUGGUAAAAUCCGGUAUGCAUUUGCGAGAAAUCCCAGGUGGAAAUUAUUGGACUGAAGAUCUCGAGAUGGUUUCGUUGAUGCACAAUUCCAUAUCCGGAAUCCCUUCUGAUGUAUCUCCAAUGUGUACUAGGAUCUCAACCUUGUUACUUGCAUCGAAUCAUUGUUUGACAAUGAUCCCGGAUCCCUUUUUCAUGCAUAUGGCCACCCUUGAGGUUCUUGACUUAUCUUAUACUAGCAUCGAAGCUCUGCCGAAUUCGAUAUCCAAAUUAGGGAAACUCAGUGCCUUGUUGCUUAGACGUUGUGCUAAGUUAAGGCUCAUUCCGUCAUUGGAGAAACUCAUUCUUCUAAGGAAAUUGGACCUCUGUCAUGCUGGAAUCAAGGAAAUUCCUCAAGGCCUGGAAAUGCUGAUCAAUCUAAGAUAUCUUAAUCUUCAUACUCCAUAUCUCGAGUUCUUACCCUGUGGGGUACUAUCGAAACUCUUAAACCUCCAAGUGCUUAUAACAUUUGGGGCAUCGAAGACUUCAAAGGUUAAAGGGGAUGAAGUGGCAUGUUUGAGGAAGCUGGAAACAUUUUCAGGCCAGUUCUACAAUAUUCAUGAAUUCAAUAUAUUUGUCUAUUCUAUUAGUACCAGAGGUCGAGAACCGGAUAUGUACUUCAUCCAAGUGGGUGAAUACCAUACUGUGACGUUCAAAGAGGAACCGGAAUCGUUUGGAAAACAUGUGAAAUUAGUUAAGUGCUUCAUUGGGAGAGGAGAUGAUGAACUCGUCCUUCCGAAUGGCAUUCAGAGUCUAGAUAUACAUGAUUGCCACGGUGUUGCUAGCUUAUGCGACAUUUCUUCAUUGAACAACGCAACCGACUUGAGAUCGUUGGAAAUCUCCAAGUGUGAUGAUGUGAAAUAUGCAUUCCGUGCCUCCUCGAGCACCUGUUUCCGAAGCUUGGAAUCGCUACGACUUAUAGAUUUGCUGAACUUUGUUUCCCUAAGCUACAAGGCAGGAGCUGCAGCUCUUCCCAAUGACAUGUUUUCUAAUCUGAAAAGCUUUCGUAUUCAUCAGUGCCCGAACAUCAAGAGGCUGUUCACUCCUGGUUUGCUACUACAGCUUCACAGCCUUUCAGUUAUCGAAGUUACAUUUUGUCCUCAAAUGAAGGACAUAAUUGCAGAAGACAGCGAUGAAAGCAUUGAAAACCAUUCGAUCGACAUGAAGAAAACAACAAAUCAUCCGAUGCUAAGGCAUUUGGUUUUAUGUGAGCUACCAAAACUGAAGAGCAUAUAUACACAAACAUUGCAUUGUGAUUCUCUACAAGUAAUCGAAGUAUUCGGGUGUCCGAGGCUAAACCGAAUCCCAUUUUCUCCGUCUCCGGUCCCUUCUAACCUUGACAAGAUCUUAGCAACAAAAGAAUGGUGGGAAUCAUUAGAGUGGGAUCAACCAAAUGCCAAGACUGCCUUUCAACCUUACUUCAAAAAUUGUAUACCGCAGAAAUUAAAGUUUAGAAACAGGAGCAUAUGAUAAAAGGGUUAUUCCCUCUCAUUAGGGACAACAUUCCGAUUUUUGAUCACAUACGACAAGCAAGAUCCAAACCUAUUACAUUAAUCUAUUUAAAGUUUAGGGUUUCUUUUAUUGUACUGUUACAAAUUAGUAUUGGUCUAUUUCAAUAUAUCAUUUUGAGUUUAUCAAUAUUUCAAAAAAUUUUCCUUAUAAAUUUUAGUCUAAUUUUAUCUUGUAUACAUUAAUAAA